AUGUUGUCAGACAAAGAUUUGACGCUAUAUGGACCUGAUAAAACAACUGAAAAGGCAGUAAAAGAUUGCUCUCCCUCUGCCAUUAGAAAAUUUGUGAAAUCAUGGCUGGAUUCACCAGAUCUACAACCGCAAAACGAAGAAUGCAAAUAUGAGGACUAUGUGGGCUUGGCAAAGGGCGAGAUUCAUCAAAAGUUGCAGGCUGACUGGUCGAGUGGAUUUCGUGCUAUCCAAAUGGCACAAAUGGAAUUGAAAGCAAUGGCAGUGGAUGAAAACCCUAGAAGAAGAUGGAAAGUGUUUCGAGUCAUGAAGGAAGGCAGAGGAAAAUUGAAUCUGGACAUGGAUGCAGCAGCUCUUCAGGACUCGAUUGACAGAUUUCUAGCUCAAUCGUUCGAUUGCUACUUUUACUCUAUGCAUGACAGAAAAUCAGAUUUACACUGGCUGCGUAUACAUGUCCUGUCUGAUCUGAUUGGAGUCAACCAAGUGUUAGCUCGUAAAGUGGUUUAUCUGGUAUAUUGUCCACAUACAGAGUUUGUCAUGUUGUUUGGUGCAGGCGCUACAUCCAACCUGGAGAGCUAUAUCAGAGAAGCCAUUCUGCAGACAUUCAAUGGCGACAAUCUACUCGUACAAAACAUUCGAGGACAAGCAGCAAGGCAUUUAGCACAUGUUGUUAAAACCAGAAAGUCGCAAGGCGUCUUUGCUGAACUACGCACAAACAUCAGCUAUUCCAACCCACUGAAUAUCAGACAAAAAUCAAAGCUGGCAGACGAGGAAAUUCAUGUGGGGAAGGGUGAAGCAACCAGACGUAUUAAAGCAGUAAAUCAAGAGGAAAUCGAUGCUCGAGUGAAAUCCAUCCUAGAAAACUUUGGUCAGGACGAUCAGUUUGGUAGAACUGUGUUGACAUUGGAUGUCAAGUUACCAAUGACACUGGAGGAGGGCGAGGAUCUCGACAAGAAUGAUCAAGAGCCUAUUGCGUUUGAAUUGACAUUGAAUGGCGAUAAUGUGUCCAACGGGCUGAAAAGUAUGAUCAGUCGUGGUCAAAUCAGAGCACCGGUGCCUCAAUGGUUGGAGAAGAUGGGAAGCACAGAUACCGCCAAAUUGUUCAUUACUGAGAACGGGGCCAGUGAAUAUCCUGAGGAUGAUGCAUAUGAGAAUGAAGAGGACACGGAUGACGACCAAGACGAGGAUCAAAGCCAACAUGCGCCAGUGGUCAGAGAGAUGACAAGCACUAGCAAUAAUCAAGCAUCCGAUGAAGAACUAGAUGAAGAAGGUGACAAAAGUAUUCUGGACUCUACAAGUCAAAUGGAUUUGGAUUGA